UCUCCCAUUUUUUUUUCAUUAAAAAAAAAUUAAUAUGUGAUCCAACAGAUUCAGUUUUCUGGGAUGAAAAUGGGGUUGAUUGAUUCUCUGUUGGGAAAAGAAGGCAAAAAGUUCAUCAAAAGGAAAGACAGCGAUCCAGGAGAUGCAGCUCGAUCAUUUGAAGAACUCAGAAGUUCUCUCUACAAUGAGCUCAGAACUUCUGAGGGAGCAAAGCGCCAACAGCAACGCUUCUGUGGCCCUACCGUGGCAAUGUCCUUCAAUUUCAUGGUAGCUGUUGGGAUUAUUCUCACUAACAAAUUAGUGAUGGGGAGAGUUGGAUUCAAUUUUCCAAUCUUCCUCACCUUAAUCCAUUACUCCAUUGCAUGGUUUCUACUGGCAUUUUUCAAGGCAUUGGCAUUGCUUCCAAUUUCUCCACCUUCCAAGACCACUCCUUUCUCUGCACUUUUCUCCUUGGGAGCUAUAAUGGCCUUUGCAUCUGGCCUUGCCAAUACCAGCCUCAAUCACAAUAGCGUUGGUUUCUACCAGAUGGCUAAAAUUGCAGUCACUCCCACCAUUGUCCUUGCAGAGUUCAUUCUCUUUAGGAAAACCAUUUCCUCCAAUAAGGUUUUGGCUCUAGCUGUUGUUUCAGCGGGUGUAGCAGUAGCAACGAUAACAGAUUUAGAGUUCAAUUUCUUUGGUGCUUGUAUUGCCAUUGCUUGGAUAAUCCCAAGUGCUAUAAACAAAAUUCUGUGGUCUAAUCUUCAACAAGAAGCAAAUUGGACUGCUCUUGCGUUGAUGUGGAAGACGACCCCCAUCACGAUCUUCUUCUUGCUAGCCUUGAUGCCAUGUUUGGAUCCCCCAGGACUGCUGUCGUUCAAGUGGGAUCUGAAUAACUCAACUGCCAUUCUCAUAUCAGCUCUCCUUGGCUUCCUGCUCCAAUGGUCUGGUGCUUUGGCACUUGGGGCAACAUCUGCAACCUCACACGUUGUUUUGGGGCAAUUUAAGACAUGUGUCUUGCUCCUUGGAGGAUAUCUGAUAUUCAAUUCAGAUCCAGGUUUUGUGAGCCUGUGUGGAGCUGUUGCAGCUCUCUGUGGAAUGUCAGUUUACACAUCACUUAACUUGAAAGGGUCGGGUGAAAGCUCAAGUAAGCAGGUGCUAAUACCAAAGCAGAGUAUCCCUUUGCAGAGAACCAAAACCAAUGAGGAGACGUGUGAAGACACGGACAUAACAAGCAAUACUACCAACAAUGUCUGAAAACAGGGAAAGGAAGUGAAGCUCAUAACAGGGGCAGAGGGAGAAAGGAAGUCAUCUUGGCAGAGGAAAAUGUUGCAUGGAGCGAAUGAUUUGUUUGUAUAGAAAGGAUACAGUGAAGUAGAUUCUGGUUUUCUCAGUGAAAAUUGAUACUCCUACAAUAUAUUUGGAUUUUCAACACGAAAAAGUUUGUUCCCUGUGAACAGUUAGCCAUUCGUCAUCAAGUUCUCUACUUUUACAAAAGCUUUCCUACAGAUAAACUUAGAGGUUCGAUUCAACCCCGAGAGAAUGGGAAAAUACAAGGGAUUUCUCAUAAUUCCAAUGGAAGAGCCAAAAGGUGUUUGAGUUGAAAUCGACGGUGAAUUUAAGUUUGAAGAUUGAAGUUUGAUUAAGCACAAUUUCCUUUCAAAUAAAGAAUAUUUUAAAAA